GUUACAGAUAUCAAACGUGGACCAACAGGUAUGUCUUCUUAUGUCACCCAAACCACAGGAAUACAUUGAUAGCAGAAACUACAAAAACAAGCAAAUAUUAUGUGUCAGCGGCUUGGACACCUGGUUAUUCCCAUAGCCAUGAGGUUAUUCUCCGAUGAAAUGAUUUCGCAGUAUGAACUCGACAUUGUGCAGGGGCAAACAACAGCUUACGGUCAAGCCCAGCGAUUGAUUAAUAUCUGCCUGCAGAAAGGAGAGCGUUCCUGUCGGAAACUCUAUGAAGCUCUACAUGAGGAAGACACAAUCCUGGCAGAAGAUAUCAAUGCUCCUUAUGAGAGGGAACCAGCAUUUCCUAUCCAGCUACAGCAAGAUACGGAGCAACUCCCUUUGUUAUCGUCUCCUGCUCCUGCUCCAGAAGAGGAAACGGAGCCAGUAUCAUCUUGGUUGCAAGAUUUGAAGCUGAAGUGUGGAUAUGGUGAAGAAAUUCAGCUGCAACAAAUAGAGAAAGAGCUCGUUAGAGAGGCGCUGACAUUGCUCCAGUUGGAAAAUGGCAGGGGCAUGUCAUUAAAUGUUUGUGAAUUUGGCCUAUUGCUGGGACUACCACGGAAAGUUGUCCAGGACUGCCUCUUUGAGCUUGAAAGUGCCGAAGAUUUUCAUCAGCUUGCUGCAGUGAUCCACGUUUUCAUGGAAAAAACCAAUGAUGCAGAGAGACUAAGGCAAAGGAUGGCUACUGCUAAUAGAUAUCGUUUAUUGCUGUCACGACGAGCAAAAUUGUUGUUGAAGCUUCUUCAAAGUGGCCUCGAUGAUAACUAUCACAGAGAAAAAUUCCCACAGCAGUUCAGCAACAUCUGUCUUUUCAUUCUGAGGGACUGCCUGGCUGAGGCUGAAGAAGAUGCUUCUGAGAUAUCAACUCUGAAUAUUCUGGGAUGUCUUCAGAGACUGGAAAGGAAUGGCUCUGUGGAUGUUACAGUUCUCAAGGAACUCAGUGAACUAUGGAUGGAAGGAACAGUGGAAAACCUCUGCAGAAGUAUCCCAUUUAUUGCUCAGCUUAUCAGAGACCUUUUCCCUCACUUGGACACAAUGGAGUUUGAUGCAGUUCCUGUACGGAGAGGUGUUUAUCGUUGCCAACAGCGAGCAGUCAGGCGCAUUACCAGCUUCAAAGGACUUCCAGCAAGAAUCAUUCAGAAAGUGAUGGAACCCAAAUCUGUAGUGUUGGCAAGUGAGGAAAGAAUAAUCUUUGGAAACCGGGAGCUGGUAGCUGGAGAAUUUACACAGCUUUGUCUGAAAACUGCUCAAAUUCUUCAGCAGCUCCAGGACUACCAGUGCAAUGAGGUGACAUCAAAGCACAGAAGACACUUAGACAAACAGGAUAUCGGAAAGGAAAUCAGGAGGAUUUUGGCUACCGAAGACUUUGGGCGCAAUUCCUUUGACUCUUGUAUGAAGGCACGGCUUCUGUCACUGGUUGAGUUUGAUCCUAUUUUCUACAAUGAGCCACUGUUUCUGAUGCUUCAUUAUGACAGCUUCAUUUCCUUAGCUGAAUACUUAAAGGCUAAUGACGCACACUGUUUUCAGUUUGUUUUCGAAGAGGUUCACAUGUAUCAAUGUGAUGCAAAGUUUCACAGUGUGCGGAGUGUGUGGGGUCCCGUGAUGAUUGACCAAGGUGUAGAGCAGGUAUUCCAGUUUUCCACCUCUGAUCGUGCUUCCUUUUUGGUCUGGCUUCAUUGCAGAGGUUACAGGGAUGGUCAGUAUUUUCAAUGCAAUCAGCCACUCACGUACAAGCUGUCACACCUAUCUGCCAGUUUGCAACAGGAAGCCGAGAAAGCUGGUGCAGUGGUUGCCAAACAGGCUGGCGCAACCUUGCUCCGGGACAUUUCUGAUGGAGGUUUGAAGGAAAUUGCAAAGAAGAUUGUUCAGAGUUCUGAUGGGACUACAGAAACAGGAAACUGUUGCUUCCUCAUCAACUCAUGGAGUACAAAGUGUGAAAUUAGGCUCCUUUACAAGGAUGACACAAUAACUGCAUCAGUAGGAAGCGAUGCAGACAUUCACUGACCUAUGAAUUGCCAUAAAACCCUCUUCAUUGACUGCAGGUUGGUGGACAGUGAAAUGGAGUUUCAAUCAGGUUGGGGUAUCCUCUGAUGAGCAGCCUUUCAGUGUGACCUUGUGCUAAAUUCCUGCCUGUUACAUUAUUUGGAAGUAGGCAUUCAGCCAUUUAACCAAACCUUUGGCUACUGGUUUUGUUGAAUAAAUAACCAGGGCUCCAGUUGGAAAGCUACCAAUGCUAUGAUGAUAUAGGUGGGAAAUGGAACUGUCCAGUAUGCACACUUUGGGCCAAAUGGCUUCAGUCUGUACUGUAAUGACUAUAACUCUCACCCCAUUUCUGCUUUACCCUCGCUCUCUGACCUGCACAGGACUCUGAACUUGUUUCAGCUCCAACUUGCCGAUUAAAGAGUGCUGAAUUGUAGAUCCCUGAUAUUUGCAAUGGGUUGUUUGACACCGAAGGUAAUAUGUCUAAAAGUUAGAAUCUUUUAAA